AUGAAAAUUGCGAUUAUUGGAGCCGGACCAGGUGGAUUAACCCUAGCUAACAUUUUAAAGGUUAAGGGCAUUGAUUUCACAAUAUUUGAGAAUGAAGAAUCGAUCACUUCCAGACACCAAGGAGGUACGCUCGAUCUUCAUCGUGAAACUGGCCAAUUGGCUUUAAAGGAAGCAGGCUUGUUUGAAGCGUUCAAGAAGUAUGCACGGCCAGAGGGUGAUUUCACCAUAGUUACAAGUGUUGAUGGCAAAACACUAAGAGAUGAAAAUAUCGGCAAGACAGAUGCCCCCACUACAGUAGAUCUGGUCGGUAGGCCAGAGAUCGAGAGGCUGAAACUUUUAGAAAUUCUUCUUGAGGGUAUUGGUGCUUCUGCUGUUACUUGGAAGCAUAAGGUUCAGCAGGUGGUGAAAAUGGAAGAUGGUUCCACUGAAAUUGAAUUCACUAAUGGUAAGACGACUAGAGAAUUUGACUUGGUUGUUGGAGCAGAUGGUGCCUGGUCUAAGGUGAGAAAUGUAGUAUCAUCAGUAAAACCCCACUACUCCUCCGUGACUUUGGUGGAGAUGUGGGCCGAAGAUGUUGACAAGUCUCAUCCAACACUUGCAAAGUAUACUGGAAAGGGGACCAAUAUGAUGCUUGAUCAAGAUAGAUGUGUCAUGUGCCAAAGAUGUGGUGAAGAUUCUGUCCGGUUGUAUGCUUGUUUGAGAAUUGAUCAAGAUUGGUCGACCAAAAUUGAUUGGACCACUGACGUAGCUGCUGCGAGAGAGAACCUUGUAAGCGAAUACUUUGGUGAUAUUGGCGAGAAUACUAAGCAAGCAAUUCUUAGUUGUACAGACAAUUUGAUAGUUAGACCACUCUACAUGAUGCCUAUUGGAUUUACAUGGGAAAAUUGCCCUGGAGUUACGUUAUUGGGAGACUCUGCCCAUCUCAUGACUCCUUUUGGCGGAGAGGGAGUUAAUUUGGCUAUGAAAGAUGCUAUCGAAUUAGCCAUUGCAAUAUCCGCUGCUAAAAGCAUUCCGCAAUUGAAUAAGAAUGUGCAAAAAUACGAAAAGGACUUAUUCAAGAGGGCGAAAUACUACAAUUCGGAUACAUGGGACAUGUUACAGCUUUGUUUCAGCAAGGGAGGGUCUGAAAAGAUCAGUGUCAUGAUGGAGGGCGGAAUUAUGAUUUUGGUGCAGAUGACUGCCCUGUAUCUUUGGAAAACCUUGUGGUCAUUCUUUGGGUACUAG